CACACAGAACAUCGCAGGAGAGAAAAAAAGGCAAAAAGACCAAACAGAGAAGAAGAUCCGAAAUAAAACUUCCUCUGAAAAUAUCUCACAUUCUUAGCAAAGAGAAAAAAAAAAGGAAGAAACUUUCGAAUCUGUCUUUGUUUGUUGUUUGAUCAUCGUGAUCGUCGUCGUCCUUCAUUGUCCUUUUCUUACAUGCGACCCAUGUCAGAUAACACUCACCAUGUUCAGAGCUCUACUGGUUCGAUUCGAUCUUCCCAAAAACUCGAAGAUGCUUUUAGGAAGAUGAAAGUUGAUGAUGGAAACGGAGUGGCGCAAUCUGAUGCGUAUCCAGAUCGUCCUGGUGAAAGAGAUUGCGAGUUCUAUCUGAGAACUGGUCUUUGUGGCUAUGGAAGCACUUGCCGUUACAAUCAUCCUACUAACCUUCCACAGGGUAUUUACUACAAUGAAGAGCUCCCGGAGAGGCUUGGCCAGCCGGAUUGUGAGUAUUAUCUCAAGACAGGAGCUUGUAAGUACGGUUCAACUUGUAAGUACCAUCACCCAAAGGACAGGAAUGGAGCAGAACCUAUAUUGUUCAAUGUUCUCAAUUUACCUAUGCGUCAGGGUGAGAAGCCAUGUCAGUAUUACUUGCGAACGGGAACCUGCAGAUUCGGAGUUGCUUGCAAAUUCCACCAUCCACAACCUGAUAAUGGACACUCAACUGCUCCCUAUGGGAUGUCCACCUUUCCUUCUGCAGGUUUACAUCAUGCUGGUGGUGGAUUAACAAUGAUGCCUACAUAUGGAACUUUGCCUCGUCCGCAGCUUCCUCAGUCCUAUGUUCCCGUCAUGGUUUCACCCUCUCAAGGCUUCUUGCCUCCUCAGAGCUGGGCCACUUACAUGGGUGGAUCUAACUCCAUGUAUGGUGUGAAGAAUCAAGCUUAUUACUCUGGUUCUAGUGCACCAAUGCCCAUGGCUGUGACAUUGAAUGGUGAUUUGUCUGAAAGAUCCGAACAACAAGAACAAUGCCGGUUUUUCAUGAACACUGGGACAUGUAAAUAUGGAGAUUACUGCAAAUACACUCACGUUGGAGUAAGAGUUUCACCACCACCACCACCACCACCAAGUUUCAUAAACCCUUUUGUUCUCCCAGUGAGACCUGGACAACCAGCUUGUGGUAGCUUCAAGUCUUAUGGAUUCUGCAAGUUUGGACCAAACUGCAAUUUCGACCACUCAGUGCUGCCAUAUCCAGCGGCCUUGCCCAUGCCUUCUUUGUCUCUGCCUAGUCAUUAUCCUUCACAUGUUUCAUCGAAUUAUCAGAGGAUCUCACCAUCGCCAAGCCGCUCUGAUUCAAAGGCUAGGCAUAAUGAUGUGAAGAAGGAAAUGUCUGGGACUGAGAAACCGGACGAUGGUUCAAAACAAGUGCAGGAUUUGUCAUCGCCACGAUCAUGAUUCAUGAUCACGGCUACGAGAAUCAUCAGCUAUAUGGCUGAAACUCCCCCACUCAACUUCUAAAGAUCUCAAUGAUCUCUCUAUACUCUUUUUUGUUGUUAUUAUUUUUGUGGAAGAGGAGUGGUGGUGAAAGUGUUUCUCUUUUUUUGUUGGGUUUUUCUUUUGGAGAUUGCCAUGGAUGAAAACAGCAUAGGACGAAACUUUUAUGUCGCAUGUAUAUUGAAGCCUUUGAGGAA